AAAGACACAUUCAUGGGGAUUUUGCGGUUGAGUGUGAAGCACCUUGGGCUCCUUGGCCUUGGAAGGGGAUGCUGGAGCACGAUGCCACGUGACAGCUGAGCCCAACCCAAAACCUAGCCUGAAUCACUGUUUUCUUCAUAAUUGAACUGAGCCUGAACUGCAAUUUGGAAAUUUUCUUGAACUGUGAGUUGAACGAGCAUCGGUCACAGCUGAACACCAUCCAGCAUUUAAGCAAAACCCCAAGGUGCUUGGACUUCCUGCAGAGAGGGGAAUUUAAAUCACUGUAAUUUGCAUGCCAGCUUGCCAGGAAGAAGACAUAAGAUGUGCGAGUUCAUAUAUUUAUUAACCACUUCUCACUGUCUUCCUCUUCAAAACCUUUCCUGCCAGACUCCUCUCGAUAGCUGUUGGCUAAGACAUGUCACCAGCAGGGACUUCAUGCAACUGCCUGCAGUCCUGCCCUGGGUCUCUCCAGCUUCUGCGGCAGGAAUAGCUUGGUCUUUCCUCUUGAAGGUGGCACACUUUCAUUUUGCUGUUGCUUGCAAAGCAUCUGGUGUUGCAGGGCAUCACACAGACCCUGUGAUUCCAGCCCCCACUUGCAGCUUUGGUGGGCAGCCAUGGGGAGCUGUGUCUGUGGGCCAGCUCGGAGCAGGCAGGACUAGACCUGGCUCCCCACUUCUGUCCCAGCCUCCCCAGGGGACACUGGUGGCUCCCCAGACAGACUCAGUUCUUGUCUGGGAAUAGUUUUUUUUCCCCAGUGAAAGUGUUUUCCAGCAGGACACAGCUAUACUGGGAGCAGCUUCUGAUUUGCCCUGUGCUAGAUGAUGCACAUGAGCAGAAAAAUGAUCUUCCCUUUACUAUUGAAAGAUCUUGCCAGGAAAAAAAACAAAGAAAUAAUAAAAAAAGAGAAGAUUGCCAUCUGUGUUUGAAACACCUAAACCAUGUAAACCACAGAGAAAACAGCCUGUGACAGGUCUAGUUAGGCUGGGAUCCUGGGAGCACACACCCACCUCAACCUACAAAAAGCCCAAAGCUUAAUUGUGGGUGCAAAGAGCAAACACUGGGUACGACAUCUGGGCUGACCCCCUGCGGCAACUGUCCUGGUUACAGAGCUGCCUCCAAGACUGAGUAAAAAUCUGGCUGAAGAUGGCAGUUGCAAGCAUAGUCACCCACCCUAGCAAGACCAGCCUGGAUUACUACAGGAAUGACAGCGCGGUGCUGUCCCUGUAUGGAAACCCUGUGAACGACACAGACUUCAUGUGCAACAAGAGGCAGGUCAGGCAGUUUGCUCGAGCCUUCCUGCCAGUGUUUUUCUGGCUCAUCUUCUUGGUGGGCACAGUGGGAAACGCCUUGGUCAUGCUCGUCUAUUGCAAAUACCGCUUCAGGAGGAGCAUGAUGGAUCGGUACCUGGUGCAUCUGGCCAUUGCAGACCUGCUCCUCCUUUUCACCCUCCCUUUCUGGGCCAAGGCUGCCUCUGAUGGCUGGAUCUUCAAGAACUUCAUGUGCAAACUUGUCAACAGUAUGUAUAAGAUCAAUUUCUAUGGCUGCAGCUUGUUUCUAACCUGCAUCAGCUUUGACAGGUACAUCACUAUUGUCCAGGCAACAAAAGCUAAAACUUUUAAGCGAAGGCAGCUCCUGCACAGCAAACUCAUGUGCUUGGCUGUUUGGCUGAUGUCCAUGAGCCUGUGCAUCCCAGAAAUCAUGUACAGCCAAAGCAUGCGGGUAGGUGAUGUAACAGUUUGCAAAAUUACAUACCCACCGAAUGUCAGCAUGACCUUCAGAGUUACUGUCCUGGCCUUGAAAGUCACGAUCGGAUUCUUCCUCCCGCUCCUAGUCAUGGUUAUUUGUUAUGCCCUUAUUAUCAACACUCUCCUGCAAACCAAAAGAUCCCAAAAGCAGAAGUCACUGAAGAUUAUCAUCAUGAUCAUCACUGCUUUCCUCCUCUCUCAGUUCCCAUACAAUAUUGUUUUGCUGGUCAAAACCAUCAGCACUUAUGCCAGGGUGGUGUACAACUGCCAGGCCGCCAACCAGCUGGACAUUGGGCUGCAGGUCACCCAGAGCAUUGCCUUCCUCCACAGCUGCCUCAACCCCUUCCUCUACGUCUUUGCUGGCGAGCGAUUCAGGACAGCACUGGGCAGGAUGAUGCAGAGCAGCAGCUGCUGGCGGAGCCGGGGCCAAGAGCAAUGCUCCUCUGCCUGCAACAGCCAGGAGCACAGCUCAAACUGGUCCUUUGCCAUGCUGGGGACACGGCGCGUGAGGAGCUCCCUUACCCUCAGCACCCACUUGACCUCCUCUGCUACGCCCCCUCCUUGCCAAGUCCUUUUGUAAGGUAGUUCCCCCACUUCUCCCCUCCAGAGGAGCACCAAACUCUUCGGAAACCAUCUGUAUACCCCAAAGACUGUCCCAGAGGAAUGGGGAGCGCUGGGGGCUCCUUACAUGCCCUGUCCUCACCGUGUGGGAGCCAGCUGGGGCUUGCUGGCUGAAAGGAAGGGAAACCUUCUGCACAGGGCAGCAAAUGGAGCAGUACUUGCCGUACUGAGGACAAAAGCUAUCUUUGUGGCAGCUGUAAAUACCCAGCCCAUCUGCAGCUCAGACCACAGCCUGAAACAACAAGCCUUGCAGGGAGGCAAUAAAACCGGCAGCAACAGAGGCAGAUGAAGCAGGAUGAACCACCCAUCCCGUCCGUAACACGCAGCAGGAGGGGGUUCAGCCUUCAUUUGUGUUCCAGCCAUGGUCUCCGACAGAGGCGGCCAGGCUUGGGAGCGCUGCCCGCUCCUACACCAGAUGCCCCCGCCCCCAUAAAAGAGAACAGCCUUUGGCUCCUGCACUGGUUUACAGCAGUAGGCAAAUGCUGCUCUCUGUGCCCGUGCAGACGCAACUCUGGUUUGCUGUACAGGUGGUUCUUCUUGCAAAGCAAAGCCCAUCGUUCAUGUUCAUAAAGUGCUCGUUGCAGAAUUAGAUCUAUCUUUCUCCUGUGUUUUAGCUGUAUACAAUUUAUUUGCUAUGGCUCCUAUUUUGAUACUAGAAACAAAUCACCUCACAAUAAAAAUUUGAGGGUGCCAGAGACACUGAGUUGUCUGUCCCGGGGAUAUUUGCCAUAUGGUGCAAAACUGUAAUAAACCAGAAUGCAAAAACCAAACCCAUGAUUCAACAGACUGCUGGUUGCACGCUGAUUUCUUUGCUAACGGUGAGAAAAUAUAUUUAGCUUGGGGACAGUAAGACAGAGAGUAAUUAAGCAUCAAGCCUAAUGUGAAUGAAAUUUGAAGUGAGACUUCAGGUUGAUGGAGGCAGCAGUUCCCAAAAGCAGUGUGCUGUAAUGCGUCCCGCAACUUCUAUAGGGCUUUCAGCGAGCCGGUGUUGGUGCCCAAGGCUGCAGGGCAUCGCAGGGCUGUCCCCCCUCCCUCGUCCCCUCUCGGGGCCAUGGCAUCACCUGACCUGCCCAGCCGCAGCCUGCACCUCCCAGUCUUCAAUCGCAAGGUGUAGUGCUCAGCAGAUUUUGUUUUAAAUAAUCACGUUUAACCUGUUCUGCCUUCUGGCAAUUAUUUCUUGCAGGAAGAAAGUGUUUUCUUUGUGCAUUAAUCAUUAAAGCAUGUCAAUAAACACAAGCUUUCUGCAAGGUUUGGCACUGCUUUUCUAGCCAAUACAGUACAUCUGAGCAGAUGGUGUUCUAUUUUCAUAUACUUCGAUUAAUGAAUUUUUAAUUUUUUUUUUACCUUCUCCUUAGGGAAGAAAAUGGUGAAAGAUUAUGUAUUUUUUCACUGUAUGUGUAAGAAGGGUUUGGGGGAGCUUUUGCAAUUUGUGUUGAGCUCAAUGCAAACGGAUGCUGAAAUUCUGUUAAAUAAAGGCACUGCCAGAUACACUGA